AGUAGAAUUAGGAUAAUUUAUUAGUGAACGUGGUAAAAAUGGCCCAAAAUUUCAAUCCGUUCGUGGAGCAAGUGCCCGAGAACGUAAAGCAGGCCGAAAGUUCCAAGAAGGUAUCGAACGAUAAUCACGCAGUGACAAAAAGAUUGCACAAAGAGCUUAUGACUUUGAUGAUGUCCGAAGACAAGAGCAUCUCGGCGUUUCCCGAGGGCGACAACCUGUUCAAGUGGGUAGGUACCAUAAUGGGGCCCAAAGACACGGUUUAUGAGAGUUUAAAAUAUAAACUAAGUUUACAAUUCCCGAACUCGUACCCCUACGCGGCCCCCGUAGUAAAAUUCAUCACGCCUUGCUUUCACCCCAACGUCGACACCAGUGGGAACAUCUGCUUAGAUAUUUUAAAAGAGAAGUGGUCGGCGCUUUAUGACGUUAGAACAAUUUUGUUAUCAAUUCAGGCCUUGUUAGGGGAACCAAACACGAGGAGUCCGCUGAACACGACGGCCGCCGACAAGUGGAAGAAAAAAGAAGAGUACAAAAAGCUGGUGUUAGAGUCGUACAAGGAAGUCUAAAUUUGAUCUCGCAUUAGAAAAAUUUCAGUUAUUUAAGAUGUCAUUGUGUAAUAAUAGACUGCGUACAUAUUUGUGUUAUAUAAUUUUUACUAUUUCUCGUGUGUUAUGAUUGAAUAAAACGAUCAAGUUUCAAUAA